AAACAUUACUUUCUAUCAUAAAUGAAUUUGGCGAAAUCGAUUUAAGAUGUGCCAAAAUCAUUAUUAAACCUGUUUGAUCUAUAUUUAUGGUUGACCUACUAUCAAAAUUAGGUGUAAUGCGAUUAAAGAUGCAAAAUAUCGAAUCAUUUUCACUCUCCUCAAAGUAAUUAAAAACAAAAAUCAAAAAUCAAAAGAAUCUAAGUAAUUUAAUUGGAAGUAUCAUAAUUAUUCUUUCCUCCCUUUGAAUAAAUCCCCAUACCACCCACGUUUCAUUUCUUCAAUUCCCAUUUGUGAAUUCUCAUCAUCACCAUAAUCAUAUCAUCAAGAAAUGGACCCCUUCGGCCACCACCACCACAACAACCACCGCCAUCACGGCCGUGAUGAAGAGGAUUCCGACAACUACCCUCGCCCUCAAUACCCCCCUUCCCAACCUCCUUUCGGUGGUGGCGUAUACCCACAAAACUACCCUCCGCCAGGGCCUCCACCUUCUUACGGCAGCGAAUACACUCACCCUUCACCACAAAACUACCCAUAUCCCUCCCAAGUCGCCGGAGUUCAUCACACCUCCCAUACACCCUACAUGGAAGAAUCCCCAAACUACCCUCCACCUCCUCCACACCCUUCUUCAUUUUCCCACCAAUCUUCCCAUGAUUAUGGGUCUCAUAAUUCCCACAUGGAAUCCCCAAAUUACCCUUCGUAUGGUCAUCAAACUUCUUACCAUGACGAACCUGAUCGCCAUGAAAGUGGUCAUGGUGGUGGUCUUGGUGGUGGGGCCCAUCGUUUCAGGCCUCAUAUGCCUGGUUUCAUUCAAGAGCAUUUUAAUCAUUCACCAAGUAAUUUGAGUAGCCUUGAAUCUGAUAGUUAUAAUGCAGGUGGUGUUGGUGGUGGGAUUGAUUUGGGAGAUUAUUUUGGGAAUAAGCCAACAUUUAAGAUAUAUUCCAAAGCUGGUGGGGAUACUUAUUCUGUUGCUAUCCGGAAUCACAAGGUUGUUCUUACUCAUUCGGAUCCCAAUGAUCCUACCCAGCACUGGUUCAAGGAUGAGAAGUAUAGCACAAAGGUGAAGGACUCAGAUGGAUACCCAAGUUUUGCAUUGGUGAACAGAUCUACUGGACAGGCUUUGAAACAUUCAGUUUCUGCUGAGCCGGUGCAAUUGGUCCCUUACAAGCCUGAUGUUUUGGAUGCAUCGAUCCUGUGGACGGAGAGCAAGGACUUAGGUGCUGGGUUUAGAACUAUCAGGAUGGUGAACAAUGUUAACCUGGUUAUGGAUGCUUUCAAUGGGGAUAAGGAUCAUGGUGGAAUUCAUGAAGGCACAGUUAUUGCCCUUUUCAGGCCCUGGAAAGGAGAUAAUCAGAAUCAGCAAUGGAAGCUUUACCCUCAUUCUCAGGCAUAGAUCUGGUAUAUGGUGUGAACUCAAAAGCAGAAACGCGUUAGCCAAGCUCUUACAGCUUCUUAAUUUUCCGUGUGCUGUACUUGGUACAAUAAUUUAUGCUUCUGUACAAACUGAUGAUGGUGCUGAUAGCUUGUUGUAUUUCUUGUAAGGUUUGUGGAUUGAUAAAACUAUAAUACACUGUGGACUUGUUUUUGAUAGUUAAAAAAAGAAUACAUCUUUUUUUUUUGUUAAAUAAAGAUGCGAUAUAAUUCCUGUUU